GUGCAGAGAAGCUGUAGCGAUUUCGCCAAAACUCUCUCUCUCUCUUUUGUUCUGUUGAACCCGGGAUUACAGAGAAUCCCGCCCGUGUUUAAACCCUCCGACGAGCUCUCCGGCAGCCAUGUACGGCGGAGGUGCGUUUCUUCUUCAAACCACGAAUUCUCCUUCAAGCGAGUCCAAUCGGUCAGCAAAUCAGCAGGUCCAUUCGAUGCACUAAUCUGCGUCGGCCAAUUCUUCCCCGAUUCACUGGAGCUUUUAGACGAGUUUCUGGAUUACGUCGAAGGCCGAGCUCAGGUCCUGAUUCCUACUUACUUCACCGGAGACUACGGCGUCUCCGCCCCUAAAAUCCUAUCCGCGACCUCGAAGAAAACUGAGAAUCAAGGGUUUAAGAUGGACGGGCUCGUGGUGGCACACAACUUGUUUUGGUUAAGAGGAAGUGGGAAGUUCACUCUUCAUGGUUUGUCUGUUGCUUACUUAUCUGGUACGGAGUCAUCUGAUGGUCAGUUUGGGAAGUACAGUCAAGAUGAUGUUGAUGCUCUUCGUGCUCUUGCUGAUGAUUCUGGAGUUGUUGAUUUGUUUUUGACUAAUGAAUGGCCUGUGGGAGUCACGAACAGAGCUGCGGAGUCUGAUAUUCCUGCAGAGGUUUCUGAUUCGUCUUGUUGUGAUUCCAAUGUUUCUGAAUUGGUGAAGGAAGUUAAACCUCGUUAUCACAUUGCAGGUUCGAUGGGGGUGUUCUAUGCCCGUGAACCUUACUUGAACGUUGAUUCUAGUCAUGUAACUCGCUUUCUUGGCCUUGCUCAAGUUGGAAACAAAAACAAACAGGUGUGUUCUUUGAUAGUUACUCUUGUCCCAAGAGCUUGGUACUUAUUGGUCACACCUAACACUCUUGGUAGUUAGCUUUAAUUUACUUAAGUGCUCAAUGCUUGGUAGAGUCUAGUAUCCAAGUUUUCAAAUUUUUGAAACUUAAAACUUUUUAUUGGUUCUAUCAUUGGAAGAUUUAAAACUAAACAA